AUGAAGCUCCCCGGGGGAAGCAGAUUGGACCAGAUGAUCUCAGCGAUCGCAUUGUCUCUAUCGGUGGCGGUUCUUGUCUGUCUGUCCUUUGUCUUUGUCGGCUGCUCCUCACCGUCUGCUCCAAAAGGCUUGUAUUUCAUGAAAGUCGAUCUUACCGACUUUCCAAGAUUCGAUCAUUUGGUCAUCCGCGACGCGCCUAUCAUACCCAAUAUCCACCCCCCAGAUAUCAACGAAGCAGCUGGAGGGAGCUUCGCCGACGUAGUGUCCAGUGUGAAUGCUGGCGCGGGUGAGGUAUCCGCGGCCACGUCAGCUGCUCAAGGCGCGAUCCAUGCUCAAUUGACAGAGUUGAAAUCACAUCUGUUUCAGUACUAUUACGUUGGGCUCUGGGGCUACUGCAAAUCACGCGAUGGCUCCAAGGUCGUUUGCUCUGAGCCUCGCGCGUCUUUCUCUUUUGAUCUGUCCGCCGUGCUUGACUCUACGCCCGUCGAAAUGGACAAAGUGCUGCCAAAGGUUGAUCAAAUAGCCAUCUCGGGUUAUCGACAGCUUUCGCACGGCAUUAUCGGCCUUUACAUUUCUGGAUUUAUCACCACCAUCUUGGUCGUGAUCCUUGGGGCUCGGAGGACCUUUUUGGCUCGGGGCAGCAAACUCCUUGCCCUAUUUUGCAUAGCUUCGGCAUUGCUGAUCUCUGUCGCCACGGUCGGAGUCACUGUAAUGUACGGCCUUUUCACUGCGGGAAUCAAAACAAGCUUGCACCCAUUUGGCGUCCGGGCCGGAUUGGGAGGACAGAUGUUCACGGCAAUAUGGUUAGCGGUAUCUUUCUCUGUUGGCGCGUUCAUCAUAUGGCUACUCCAGGCUUUCUGUUGUUGUAUCUAG